AUGAGCAAUAUAUACAUUCAGGAGCCACAUACCAGUGGCAAGGUUGUCCUUCAUACAACUGCAGGUGAUAUUAGCAUAGAGCUUUUCUCAAAGGAAACACCUAAAGCAUGCCGAAAUUUCGUACAAUUGGCCUUGGAAGGACAAUAUGACGGAACUAUUUUUCAUAGGUAUUAUAGCAAUCGGUGGUUUACAAACGUUACGCCAGAAGGAAUAAUCGUUUAUUUUUUGCUCAGGAUAGUUCCUGGAUUUAUUAUACAAGGAGGUGAUCCUACUGGCACUGGUUUUGGUGGUGAAUCAAUAUAUGGAGGUCCAUUCGCAGACGAAUUCCACACACGGUUGAGAUUCGUACGAAGAGGAUUGGUCGCAAUGGCAAACGCCGGGAAGAGCGAUAAUCGCAGUCAAUUUUUCAUCACAUUAGAUAGAGCAGACGAAUUGCAAAACAAACAUACAAUUUUUGGAAAAGUGGCAGGAGAUACAAUUUUUAAUGUCCUGAAGAUCGGUGAGCUUGAAGUGGAUGAGAACGAAAGACCUCUUUACCCACCCAAAAUUACUUCUAUCGAAGUGACGUACAACCCAUUCGACGAUAUAAUUCCGCGCAUUUCUGAAGUUGAAAAAAAGGUGCAGUCAUCAGCUUCCGUUGUGCAGAAAGAGGAACCACCCAAGAAGAGAAUAAAAAAAAACGUUGCAUUGCUAUCAUUUGGUGAAGAAGCUCAGGAACUUGAUGCCGAUAAUGACCCAAAUUUGAAAAUUAAGA